UAUAUUUUACUUUUUUUUAGAUUUAUUCUUAUUUGACUUUGAAAAUCCAAGAGCAGAAUAUUUCUUUUUUUAUUUAUUUUUUGGCUUUGUUUAGCAAGUUUUGGAUUCUAUGGGUAAUUGUGUUUAACAUUUUCUUUUGGUAUUUAUUGUGUUAUCUGGAGAUUGAAUUUUACUUUUGAUCUUGGAUCUUUUUUUUUGCUUCAUUUACUCUAACAAGUGAAAAAGAUUGGAACUUUGUUGCUUAUAAAGUGAUUUGUUUUGGGUAAAGGUUAAAACUUUGAAUUGCAUGAGUAAAGAUUGAAACUUUAUUAGAAGAAAGAGUUAUACUAGUCAUUAAAAUCCAAUUUAGGAAGUUCAUGGUGAGAGUGGAGUACAUUGAAAUCUAAGUUAUGUGCUAUUACAAGAUUGGUUGCUUGUCUUUGUUAGCAGAUUUUGAUAACUAGAGAGUCGGGGAUUUUCGUGCUGCUUAGAGAUGAAUUUCUUGAUUAAUUGCAAUCUUGAUUACUGUCUGUUGUCUUGUUUUUUACUCUUGUAUCCUUGUGCUUUAUCAAUUGGUUUUAGUUCAUGAUGGACAAGACGAGUUGGUUCCUCCUUACUGUAUGCUAUAGGGAACAAUUAGUUUUAAGUCUUGAAGCCAGUGCGUGUGAACACAGCUUUAACAAAACAGUAAUUGAGAAUGUCCACGGAAGUCUCAUGUGUGUUCUAGGAGAAAAAAGUUAGGAUUUUUGUGAUGCUUAGAGACGAAUUUCUAGAUUAAUUGCAAUCUUGAUUACUGUUUGUUUCCUCUUGUAUCCUUGGGCACAACAUUGUGGUUCUAAUUAAUGAUGGACAAGACGAGUUGGUUUCUCGUUUCUGUAUGCUAUAGGGAGCAAUUAAUUUUAAGUCUUGAAACCGGUGCGUAUGAACGCAACUUUAACAAAACAGUAAUUGAAAAUGUCCACAAAAGUCUCGUGCGUUGUUGGAAGUGUGCUCUAGGAGACAAAGAAGUUAAGAUGUUUUCCACAUGUUGUUUGUAUGAUUCGUGCAGAGUGUGUGCAGUACUUAGGCUGCUUUGGUGCAAUUUGUCCUUUGAAAAUCAUGAUGGCGAGGUUUCCAAGAAUAUUUUCAACAGGGUAUAACCAUGGGCCUGUCAAUGAAGAUAUCCUCUAGUUGACAAAAAUAAUUUGUAUUUCAAGGAAAUUAGGGGUUCUCUAAAAUUAGAGAAUCUCUAAUUCUCAUACUUACCCCUACACGAACAUACAAGUCUCAACGCAUAACUAAAAAACUCCCGAGGAACACCGGACUUUAUGAAUGGGAACACAAGUGCACUAUAAAGGAUUCUCACCAAGCUAUUACUCUAUGAGAGACCUUAAUGAGGAUGCUAACAGCAGCAGUUGGCCCCUAUUUUAUGGAGAUAAGACUUUACCAAACGGGCAAUAUUGUAAUGGUUUCACGUCGAGGACUGUAACUGAUGCAUAUCCAGGGUAUGAUAAGGACAUUCUAAAGCAGAAAAUGAUUGAACACGAGGCCAUAUUCAGGAAUCAGGUGGUGGAACUUCAUCGCCUUUACAGAAUUCAAAGGGACAUGAUGGACGAAUUUAAAAGGAAGGAAAUGCAUAAACAUCGCUCAUCAAUGGAGCCAUCAUGUUCAUCCAGUCACCUAGGACCUCAAGUACCAUCUGAGGAUGUCCGGAAAUGGAACAUCACAAACCUUCCCUUGGAAAAUUCUAGUUAUACUAGACCAUCUACAUCUGGUACUGAAAUUGUUAAUUCUCCUUUUAGUUCUUCAAAAGGAGAUUGUGUACAGCCCGAUCGAGUUCUAAUGCAAAAUGAUUAUUCUUCGAAAGCCUGUGAUGUUUUGGAGGCUAGGCCCUCAAAGGUCCGGAAAAAGUUGUUUGAUCUUCACCUUCCAGCCAAUGAUUACUUAGAUACAGAAGAAGGUGGGCAGUUGCGAGAUAAUGCAGGAUCUUUACAUCCUAGUUAUCCUGCUAAUGUAGAUUAUGUAGUUACUCAAGAGAGUGGAACAAAAUUGUUUCUUGGUGGUGGUGCAAAGGGUGAUCGCCGAAAAGAUACUUCAACAUCCAAUUCGUGUUUGAGAAGCUCAAUUGGAUUGGCUGACCUAAAUGAACCAGCGCAGCUUGAUGAAGCAAUCGAUCCUGUUGAUUUUCUUGGUUAUGGUAAUAAUCAUAAAGAGACUAGAAGCAUAAAUGCUUCUGCAAAAUCAAAUUCACCGUUUGUGGCUUUGCCUUGGAAUUCCAAUUGUGCAAGCCCAAAUGAGUCUUUAAGUAACCGAUACGAUCGCAGUAGAGGCAAAGACAGGGAGUGGUUAACUUCAGCACAUGAAACAGGUAACAUCAAAGGCAGCUCAGUUUCAUUACCAAGAGGUCUCGAAGAAGAAAAGAUCCCUGCAGCUUCCCAUCAAGCACCAGUAAUGAUUAACAAAGCCUAUCAAGCUCCGGGCGCUUAUCUAGUUCACCAUAUUAAGGAUGGCAUUUGGAAAGAUAGAACAGGACAUAGUUUAGAUAUGUCUCACAGAAAUGGUGAGCAGUCUAAUUAUACUCAAGUGGGACCAUUUGUUACUUCCAAGAUGGCUAGUCCAUUUCCAUGUGCAAGUUCCUCUGAAUUUAGCAGUUCGUGGCCGCAUUCUGUCUCUUCUUGGGAGAAGCCAAACGGUAGCUUUACUCAGAGGUUAUCCUCAUUGCAUACAAAUUCAUUUUUCAACUCAUCUGCAGCAGUUGGUAAGGGUUCACAGUCAUCUCAGAGACAAAUUGGAGACUAUUGGCAAGCUAAUGGUGGCAGUUCUAGGGUGCGUCCAGGCUGUGCCAGUGAGCUACCCAACCGAAGUGUUUUCUACCAUGGGUCCUCAUCUGGGACGAAAGAAUCACCAAUUCACGUCCCUUCAGGUGCUUUUGACUCUUUGAGCUACAUUAAGGGGGACCGGUUUACAUCUGAACAUUCCUCUAAUAAUGCAUUCGAGAAUUUUCUCAUUAGUUCUAACAAUACGGAUGUGAAAUCUGCAAAAGGCUUCAACUUAAAUGUGCUAGCAACAAGUGCACUCAGCGAGGAACCUCCCAGGCAAGAUGUUGAGUUUAGUAAUGAAAAAAGAGAGCGUCAAGAUCCUGUGACAGUUUUGCCGUGGCUUAAAGCUAAAGCAAAUUAUAAAAAUGAGGACGUCAAUACAAGGAUAGGUGGAACUUCAGCAGAUUCAGGAUUUGUCCAGGCUUACUCAAACUCUCCUUUCUGCCAGAGUGAUCCAUCAGCUUUGGAACAUCACCAUAUGAAGACCGCAAAAGAAGUGGUCGAGACGCCACAUGUAAGGAAAAUCCUUGGUGUUCCAAUCCUCGAUAUUCCCGUAGCUUCCAGAAAUGAGUCGUCAUCAUCACUUGUUUUUGCUUCUGCUAAUCUUCGUUCCUCUCCUGAGAGAAAAACUAUCAAACAAGAGAGGAGUAUGGUGAUCGACAUUAACGUGGCUUGUGACCUUUCUAUGCUUGAGCCUGAGGAACCUUAUGUUGUAGAACAAAUUGCUACUAAGAAAGUGAUGGAGACAAAAGCUAUGAACAUCAGGAAUCACUUUGAUUUGAACUCAUGUAUUACUGAGGAUGAAGAAGAACCAGUUUCUGCUGUAACCGAUAAGGCCAGUGUGAAGACUAUUCUGGAUAUAGACCUCGAAGCCCCUGUACUUAUGGACAAUGAACAAGAUGAUUUGCCUGGAGAAGAUGAUGACAAGCAACACGAGGCAUCUUUGCAGCACACACAGGAGGAACUACUCAAGACUGCAGCAGAAGCAAUAGUUGCCAUCUCAUCAUUCACUCAUUGCACCGCAAUAGAGGAAGCAAAAAGUGAUCCGUCUGAUGAUCCCCUGGAAUCUCUUCGAUGGUUUGUUGACGUGGUCUCUUCUUGUGCAGCGGAGCUUGAUAGUACUCCAUCUGCAAAAGAAAUUACAGGCAAGAACAACAACAUGAUGGUUGCACUUGCACAUAGUUCUUUUAAGGAAAUAGAUUACUUUGAAGCUAUGACAUUGCAACUAACAGAGACCAAGGAGGAAGAUUACAUGCCUAAGCCAUUUGUUCCUGAAGUCCAAACAGUAGAAGAUGCAGGAGCAGCCAGUUCACUAACAAAUCGACCACGAAGAGGGAAUGCAAGGAGGGGAAGACAACGGAGGGACUUCCAAAGGGAUGUCCUUCCUGGUCUGUCUUCAUUGUCAAGGCAUGAGGUGACUGAAGACAUCCAGAUAUUCGGAGGGUUGAUGAGAGCAACAGGCCAUACUUGGAACUCCAGUUUGACAAGAAGGAACGGGACAAGAAAUGGAGGUGCAAGGGGAAGGAGGAAAAAAGUCGUGGACACCAGUACCCCGGUAUUGACCACAACAACGACAACCUCUCCACUAAUUUACCAACUUAACAACAUUGAAGCCAGUUUGGAAGAUAACAAAAGCCUAACAGGGUGGGGAAAGACGCCUAGACGCCCUCGGAGACAAAGAUGCCCUGCAGGCAAUCCUUCUCCUGUCCUGUUUACUUAAAACACAGGGCAAAUAACUCUGUAAUUUCAUCCAUUCAUCAUUUAUAGAGAUGACAUUAACCGAUUCGCGUUCAUUUUAUGAAUUUCUGGAGUGAAUUUCUUUUUAGCUA